AUGGAGGUUGAUCGUGAUUUAAUUGACUACAAUUACAUUGAUUACAUUAAAAAACAAUGGAGCGACAAUAAUUUAAAAUACAUUGUAAUGGGUUCUUGUAUUAGCUUUUACAAUUUUCAUGUUGAUUAUGCUAGCGAGAAACGACAUUAUGAUGGUCAGCUGUUCUUGGAGGAAAAUAAACAAGGUGGAAUACCUGUGACAUUUAUGAAUAUGGAUGCUGCUAGAACUAAAUUGAGUGUCCCAAAAAUAUUUAGGUUGAACAUUAGAGUAUGUAAUAAAAGGAUUCUCCGCCCAUGGAUGUAUACGUUUUGCAAACAGAAGAAAUCAUUGGGUGCCAGUGAGGCUGAAAAGAAUAUGGUGAAGGGAUGGUGGAGCUUGUGUUAUGACAAGUUUGAUAACACACUUGCUGAAUGGUUGAUCAAAUUACACAAGAACCAAAUUCGUGACCGUGACAAGUUCCUCGUCAAAGCUGCAAAUAAUUGCCUAUCUGAUUUCUGGCAGAGUACAAUACGGGAAUUAAUAGAGGCAAUUGUUCACAUCCAUGGUUGUGGGCUCUUCCAUGGUUCGUUGAACGUAUAUGAUAAUUAUGUUGUUGUUGGGGACCAACUGAAACUAUUUAACGUCGGUGGUCGUUUGGAGAGCCUUAGAGUACAAGAUCAACAUGCAAUGAAAAUCCAAGAUUUCCAAGAGUUCAGGGACACUCUGAAGAUAUUGAUGCAAACUAAAAUUACAUGGCCUGAGCGUGAUGGAUUUUUUAAAUGUUUUGACGAAAAAUUUGACAGCUAUGAAAAAUAUGUUGAGAAAUUGAAGAACCACCCCUUCUUAUUGACUCCUCUUGAAAGGCUGAAAUAUAUUACCAGUAUUUAUUAUGAUGAUAAGUUUGGUGUGGAGACGAAGUUGAAUGAGGAUACUAAUUUCAGCAAAUUCCAAGAUUGGCCCAAAUGCAGGCAUAAGUUCGAGCCGUUAUUGCUUAAAGUACUUGAGACUCGUACUGGUAAACCAUAUGGUGAUAGCCCGUCAGAGCUUUUAAGAUUGGAAGUGGAUGAGGCAUCUUGUUCGUGA